CAGGAGGCCGCUCGGAGGCCGAGUGAGGCGGCGGCCUUGGCGCUGCUGCGGCGGCUGUGGGGUGGAUGAAGCGGCGCUGAGGGACGCCGGCCGUCGGGGGAGCCUCGCUGCCCAGUAAGGAGGAGAAGCCGAACGGGACACGAACGAAGGGGGCGGGGCUCUCAUGGAUAUUAACGAAGGGGGUUCCACCAUCUGCUGGAGAAGAUGGGCAAUGGGGAGAGCAGAGGCUCCUACCAGAAGCACCUCUCGAGGUUUCUUCCGGACGAACAAGCGGACAUCGACCGUGUCUUUGGAGCCUUGUCCGCGUCGGAGGAGGCUUUCACGGCGAAAGCAGGGAAGACGCCCAAGAAGGGGGUGACUCUGGUGAUGCUUAAGGCCUACGUCAAGGAAGCUCUGCCUGAAUCGAUGGUCGCGAGACUGUAUGAUGGAAUGAAAAGCAUCCAGCUGGUGGAGAAAUCGCCGGGUCCCAGUACCCAGGUGGUAAAGGAGCAGUUCGUGGUUUUUAUGUCGGCCCUCUUCAAAGGCAACGCCGAGGAAAAAUGUGGCAUUAUCAUGAAAAUGAUCUCGAAUGCUGAGGGGCCUGUGAAAGGAAGUCAGAUCCUAGAGUUUGCAGAGGAUCUGGUUGGCUCCGUAGUUCACGUGCUGAACUACAGGAAUGAGCUGAAGGGGUGGAAUCCGGAAAAUAUGCAUAAUUCAACCACGGGAGUGAAAGCGUUGGCCUCUCAGCUGGUAUCUGAGCUGAAAUCAGCGGACGGGAGCCGAAUCGAGGGCGCUCCGGCGCUGGAUGCCGUCUGUGAUGAAAGCAGCGUCGAGGACUGGGUCUUCCGGAUCCCACAGAUCUCCGCUUUCCUCAACGUGAUCGUCCGGCAGGGACUGCUCAUCCUGCAUUCUCUCCCGAAUCAGGCUGGAGACUCCCUCCCCUUGCUCCCGGAAUGCAGCGGCGUCAAGGGGCACCGAUUCGUCAGCCUCCUCAACCUCCCGUCGGUGGCGUACAUCAACUCCCACCUGCCUUCCGAGCUGCAGCACAAGUGGAGGCUGCUGUUCGCCUCCCGCGUUCACGGGGAGAGCUUCACCCAGCUGUGUGGGCACAUCGUGAACAAGGGCCCCUGCGUGCUGGUUUUGAAGGACGUGGACGGCUUCGUCUUUGGCGGGUUUUCCUCGUGUUCCUGGGAGGUUAAGCCACAGUUUCAAGGCAACAGCGGCUGCUUCUUGUUUUCCGUUUCUCCCUCGCUUGCAGUCUUCAACUACACCGGCUACAACGACCACUACAUGUACUUGAAUCACGGGCAGCAGACAAUGCCAAAUGGACUUGGUAUGGGUGGACAACACGACUACUUCGGGCUCUGGGUAGACAGUAACUACGGCGGAGGCCACAGCAAAGCCAAGCCCAGGUGCACCACUUACAACAGCCCUCAACUCUCAGCCAAAGAGAACUUCACCUUGGAUGCCAUGGAGGUGUGGGCCGUGGGAGACCCCCUGGAAAGCAACACUGGGGAAGGGCAGAAGAGCAUUUUGGAUGCAGACCCAGAGGCCCAGGCAUUGCUAGAGAUGAUUGGGAAGAGCCGGCAGAGUGACGGAUUACGGGUGCCGGCUGAUGACGAGGGCGACCACUGAGAACCGGGUGCUGGAUGGUGACGAGGCCGCUACAGGAUUGCAGGACCUGGAGACUUCUGCCUGGAGACAGCAGGCAUCACUCUCUGAACUUCACCAGUACCUACACGUCUAAACAAGAUAACAGAGUCAUGCAAGUGUAGGGUGUUUUCCUGGACUAGCAAGAAGACAAAUUGUCUAAGAAGGUGGGAUGUAUUGCCAGGGUGUGUACAGGAUGUAUCAUCAAUGGGUGGGACAGGGUGGAUGGCUAAAUUCUUAAACACCAAGGGUGAAUUUAUAUACAAGAACGAAAAAAGUAGGUACUUCUCCCCCCUUCUCCUUUAUAUCUGCUUUAAUCUUCACCAUGUCCCCCCACAUUCUGUCUGCGAAUGGCCCAAGUGAGCUUUUCAGAUUUCCAUUCGGAAACAGUUUCUCAAAAGGAUCGCAGCUGGUUUUCACAAUAAUAAUAAUAAUAAAUAAUAAUAAUAAUAAUAAUAAUAAUAAUAUAAUACAUUUAUUUCUUACCCGCCUCUCCCUCUGGAUCGAGGCAGGGUACAACACCAAAUACAAAACAUCGUAAAAUACAUAGAACUGAUUAAAAACAUACAAAACGAAUAUUCAAAACGAAUACAUUAUUAAAAGGCAUCUUAAAUUUCGACUGGGUAGGCCUCUCGGAAGAGAUCAGACUUUUUAUGGCUUUCUUAAAUUCCGGAAGUCUGUUCAGUUGACGAAUCUCUCCCGGCGGGCCAUUCCAGAGUCUAGGAGCGGCAGAAGGAGAAGGCCCUGUGGGUAACGGUUGUCCACUCGAAAACGUCUUUGGAAACCGUCUUCCAUGCAAGCCUAAGCCAAGUUUGCUAGGAAUUUUGAAUAUUGUAGAAAUGAAGCCCAGCUUCUGGAUUAGCUUGGCAAAUCCAUAUUUAUUUAUUUUUUUAAAAAAAUGGUCUCAGACUACAGUCCUAAAUCCCAUUGACACAAACGUAAAACAUGAGUAGGCCUGGGGCAGAUUUCAGUUUGGGGGUACAGUUCCAGCUUGAGUGAUAAGACCUAUGUUUCAGCCAAACCUAGAGAUUCCUGAAGCUUAAAGAUCAAAGGUUUCUGCAAGAUGUUCCUGACAAACCAGCUCGUGAAGUCAUUGAACGCCUACUUUAGCCUGACUAACUUAAGUCCCAUUAAUUUCAAUGGAUCUACUCUAAGUAGAGUUUUAGUUGGAUUUUACCCUCAACCCAAAACUAUUGCAAAUAGGGGGCGAGAUGUGAUUUUCACUUGGGGCUCCGUGUGGCCGUCCACAUUUCAAAUCUGCACUUGUGCAAUGUGAAACGUGCAGCUAAUGAGAGGAUGCAGACCUUUGAACCACACGAGACUCCGUCCUCUGGAAGUUCUGUGUGUGUAUUUUUUAAAGUUGCCUGUCCCCAGCUGAUCCCAUGUCUACGGCCAUUUUCAGUCUUAAGAUGGUGAAUUUCGGAGCAGUCAGUUAAGGUUAAUGUCUUGGAUACAAAGCAAUCAAUGAAAAAUAUCUGUUCCCUUUGAAAAUGUUAAAAACAACAGUCAUAAAGCUUCUAGCUUAGUGCUGCUUGAACUUCGCAGAUCAGUGGAAGGCAGAGAACCAAAAGGAAAACACUCUAAAGUGAAAAGCAGCAUACUGAAGUGUCAUUUGGCUUGUUGACAUAUUCAGUGAAGCUGCUCAGACAUAACUUCCGUGGAAGCAGAAUAGCAGCCAUUUAAUUCUGGUCUUCAAAGACUAGAACAUCUUUUAUCUGCACCAGCCACUUGAUGAUGCCACAUUUCAGCCCUGUGUGAGAUGGCGCACAGAUGAGAACCUUCAACUGUUCUCAUCUGUGCUGGAACCGGCAUCAAUAAAGCCAGCAGCACUCCUUCCUGUGCCGAGUUAUUUGCUGCCCUCUCUCUCUGCCUUUCAGUGAUUUGCAGCAAGUGGGACGCUGGGGCGGGUGGGCAGCUUCGGAACGGCGCGCCCGGAAAUCGCUCUCCCAGAAGUCUCCCGGAAGUCGCUUUUAUUGAAGCGUCCUGUUCAGUGUUCCUCUCCCUAUAAACAGGGCUGGUGUCAGACUAUUUUGCGCCCUAGGCAGGUGAGCUGCUUUCACCCACCUGCCCCCACCCCAGUGUACCUGGGCGCGGGGCACCAUCUCGCCCGCCCAGCCGAAGCGAAGCCAGGACGCUGGGAGGUGGGGGGGAUCCGCUUCGGAACGGCAUGCCCGGCCGGAAGCCACUCUGGGAGAGUGACUUCCGGGCGCGCCGUUCUGAAGCUGCCUGCCGGCCCCCCCACCCCAGCAUCCUGGCUUUGCUUUGGCUGGGUGGGCGAGAUGGCACACAGAUGAGAACCUUCAACUGUUCUUAUUUGUGCUGGACCCGGCAUCAAUAAAGCCAGCAGCACUCCUUCUUGUGCUGAGUUAUUUGCUGCCCUGUCUCUCUGCCCCCUUUCAGCGAUUCGCAGCAAGCGGGAUGCUAGGGUGGGCGGGCGACUUCAGAUUGGCGCCCCCGGAAGUCGCUCUCCCAGAAGUCUCCCAGAAGUUGCUUUUAUUGAAGCAUCCCGUUCAGUGUUCCUCUCCCUAUAAACAGGGCCGGUGCCAGACUAUUUUGCACCCUAGGCAGGUGAGCUGCUUUCAACCAACCACCCCCACCGCAGCGUACCUGGGCACGGGGCGCCAUCUUCCCUGCCCUGCCGAAGCGAAGCCAGGACGCUGGGGCGGGGGUGGGGGCUUGCUUCGGAAUUGUGCGCCCAGUCGGAAGGUGCUCUGGGCGUGCCGUUCUGAAGCCCCCCCCCCACCCCAGCAUCUUGUCUUCGCUUUGGAUGGGCGCCCGCCCAGACGAAGUGAAGUCAUGCCAGCCCCCAACCUAGUGUCCUGGCUUUGGCUGGGUGCCAGAACUCUGGGGUUUGGUGGGGGCUUCGGAACGGUGCGCCCGGAAGUCGCUCUCCCAAAGCGGCUUCUGGCCGGGCGCGCUAUUCCGAAGCCGCCUGCCCACCAGCCCUCUAACCCAGUGUCCUGGCUUAGCUUCAGCUGGGCGCCCACGCAGCUGAAGGGAAGCCACGCCUGCCCCCCCAUCCCAGCGUCUUGGUUUCACUUUG